AUCCCGUUUGACGUUAAAAUGCAUUUGGAUACCUUCAAUAAAAACGGAACACUUAAAUCGCAAACAUAUCGUUCUUUAUAUCCAGUUUUAACCGACACCGAAACAGAUUCCACUGUGGCCUGUUCGAGGAACUAAUGCCAGCUGCUCCACAGCCCCCUUCCGCAUUUUCCUGCGGCUCUAAGACUGUGACGUGUUGUGCUGACGGCGGCCUAGAUGCUGGAGGAGCUGGGGGCUGCAUCGUAUCUUUGUGCAUCAGUGGAGCUCCGAAAAGCUCGGCCCCUCCCUCCCUGAGCCUCAGCGGCCCGCCCUGCUUACACAAUCCCCCGACUGAGUCCUGCCCGAGUCUGGUGAACCUGUACGGCCUGCGGAACCGCGAAAAUACAGGCCGCAAAUUACCAAAAUCUGAACAACAUCCAACACAGAUGAGGAGUGAAGACAAUGGAUGAAGUGACUGCUCUCUCCAUCCAUUCUCAAGAGCCCAAGAUCAUCUUUCAUGGAUCAGGUGUGGAUGGCGAUGAAGAUGACGGGGUGGUGGUGGAGCUGCAGGAGACGGUCCUGGUGUCGGAUAUGGAGGGCGAGGGCAUGACGGUGCACGGCUUCGCCCCCGACGAGCUGGUCAUCCAGGACGCCAUCGAGGAUGUGGUCGCCGAGUACGUGCAGUGCACAGAGGACGACGGGCUGGAGUCGGCCAUCGCCGUGGAGACGUGCGACAUGUCGCCCGACGGAGUGGCGCUGGAGGACGAGGGGCUGCACAUGGACGACAAGACGGACCAGGAGGACGGCUGCGGAGAUUAUCUCAUGAUCUCGUUGGACGAAGCUGGCAAGAUGGUGACGGGCGAUGGAGAGAAGGUUACCAUGGAGACGGCGUUAGAGGAGCAGGACGGAGAGGAUAAGGAUGAAGAUGGGCAGGAGGUCAUCAAGGUGUACAUCUUCAAAGCCGACUCUGGGGAGGAAGACCUUGGCGGCACGGUGGACAUCGACGAGAGCGAGCUGGACGUUGACGAGGGCGUGGAGCUGGUGGACUCGGCCGGCCUGCCAAUCAGGGAGAAGAUGGUGUACAUGUCUGUGGGAGACGCCCAUGAAACGCAGGACGAGAUCAAUGUGGCAAAGCUCUCGGAUGAGGUUUACAUGGAGGUGGUGGUGGGAGGAGAGGAGGCGGGGCAUCACCAGCGCUCGCUCGACAGCGCCCCCCUGAGCAAGGAGUUGAUGCCAGUGGCGUGGGCCGCGGCCUGUGGCGGUGAGGAGAGCGAGACCUGCGAGACGAGGAACGGCGCGGCCAGCGCUCUCCUGCACAUCGACGAGUCGGACGUCAUCGAGAAGCUGAGCCGCCAGCGGAGCAAGAACAAGAACAAGAAGCGCUCGGAGCUCCAUCAUGUCCAGACAGCCAUCAUCAUCGGUCCGUACGGCCAGCCGCUGACCGUGUACCCCUGCAUGCUCUGCGGCAAGAAGUUCAAGUCGCGCGGCUUCCUGAAGCGCCACACCAAGAACCACCACCAGGAGGCCGUCAGCCGCAAGAAGUACCAGUGCACCGACUGCGACUUCACCACCAACAAGAAGGUGAGCCUGCACAACCACAUGGAGGUGCACGCGCUCAGCAGCAAGCCUGCCGCGGCGGCGGCGGCGGCCGCGCCCUUCGAGUGCGAGAUCUGCGGCAAGGAGUUCGGCCAGCAGGCGGCGCUCUUCUCCCACCGGCUGCAGCACCACCACCGCGAGACCAAGCUGCAGAUGUCGCCGCCCGCCGCCACCAAGAUGCACAAGUGCAAGUUCUGCGACUACGAGACGGCCGAGCAGGGCCUGCUCAACCGCCACCUGCUGGCCGUGCACAGCAAGAACUUCCCGCACAUCUGCGUGGAGUGCGGCAAGGGCUUCCGCCACCCGUCGGAGCUCAAGAAGCACAUGCGCACGCACACGGGCGAGAAGCCGUACGCCUGCCACUACUGCGACUACAAGUCGGCCGACUCGUCCAACCUGAAGACGCACGUCAAGACCAAGCACAGCAAGGAGAUGCCCUUCAAGUGCGACCGCUGCUUCCAGACCUUCGCCGAGAUGGAGGAGCUGGUGGCGCACGGGGCCACGCACGAGGAGGCCAAGUCGCACCAGUGCCCGCACUGCGGCCACAAGAGCUCCAACUCCAGCGACCUCAAGCGCCACGUCAUCUCGGUGCACACCAAGGACUACCCGCACAAGUGCGCCAUCUGCGGCAAGGGCUUCCACCGGCCGUCGGAGCUCAAGAAGCACUCCGUCUCGCACCGCGUGCGCCGCCUGCACAAGUGCCGCCACUGCAGCUUUAAGAUCGCCGACCCCUUCGUGCUGAGCCGCCACAUCCUGUCGGUGCACACCAAGGAGCAGAAGGCGCUCUCCGACAAGCAGGCGGCGGCGGCGGGCGCGGCCGUCACCGCGGCGACGGCGGCGGCCAAACGGACCUUUGGGGGGGCGGCGGCGGGCACGCCGUCGUCGGGGCCCAAGAAGGCCUUCUCGGCGGGCGCGGCGGUCAUGAAGGGGCCUCGCGAGCGCCGCGUGUACCAGUGCCAGUACUGCGAGUACAGCACGGGCGACGCCUCGGGGUUCAAGCGCCACGUCAUCUCCAUCCACACCAAGGACUACCCGCACCGCUGCGAGUACUGCUCCAAAGGGUUCCGCCGGCCCUCGGAGAAGAACCAGCACAUCCUGCGCCAUCACAAGGACCUGGUGUCUCCAGAAUGAGCCGGCGCUGCCUGAGAAAUGCCUUUGCGUUUGGGGAGGGGGGUGUAGAGAGACUAAGCGCCAUCACUAGCGUGAUUCCCAGCCAAGCCGCUGGAAGAACAUGGGCCUCCCUGUGGGUCAGUGUUUGAACCAGCCCGACCAUCCCAGUGCUUUGGAUGGUCCCUCUUGACAUUGCUGUUAAGUGCUAAGUUUGGACUCCAUGAAAUGGAAGGCUUCCACUGAGCAUGAACUUGGCUUAUUUGUGAGGCAAAGACUGAGGUGUUGGAGCAGAACUAUUUCUUAUUUGUUGAACGUUACAAGUGGUUUUGUUUUCCUCAGAUUUAGUUUUUUAUAUAUAUAUAUAUAUAUAUAUAUAUAUAUAUAUAUAUCAAUUCUUUUCCAUCAAUGUUCUGCAAUGCGCUGGCUCCAGUAUGAAUGAAAUGCAAAACGAAUGUGCCGGAUAUUAAGUUGCUUUGACUUCUGAUGCCUUCAGCAAAACACGGCAGUCAAGGGAAGAGCUCCAUCAUGCAGCCUAAGUUCAUUAUUUUAGUCAUUAUGUUCACUAACAGUAUUUGGACAUGUGUAUCUGCCAUUUCACUUAGACAAUCAUGGGGAAGACUUUUUCAGUCACACACACACACACACACACACACACACACACACACACAAACUUCAAAUGGAAGUUUAAGAGACCUGACUAUCCACUCAUUUAGACCUUUAACUUUGAAUUAGUCCUGUUUGUAUCCUGAAAGCAGACGGAGAGCUCCGUUAAAGGCCUGAGCUCUCUGUAUUUUCAGUUUUAUUGUAUGUGAGGUUUUCAUUUGAUGUCUAAACAACACUUCCACUUUUGCCUUUCCACUUGGCUGCUGUGUUCAUUUCCUGGUGUCAAUGGACUCGUGUUCUGAUGACGAGGUGUCCUGUGGUUCUCAGCGUGGAUGUAUGCGGGCGUGCAUCAACGACGAGACCAAUCCUCACUCUAACUGCGGUGCUAGUUCUUAAGGUGAUGUUUAUGUUUAAGAGAGUCUAACAGAGAAUAAUUAGUUUGGACAAAAUUAGAAAAAUGCAUAUUUGCAAGGCUGGUCACUCCUGAAGGACCUGGUGUAACACUAUUGCUUUGACCUUUGACCUGAGCGCUAUUUAAGUUUGUCUUUUUGCCCUCACGGCAGAGGGAGACGUGCUAUGUUGUCCGUUUAACCAGCAGCACAGACGCGGGGCGAAAUGUCGAUCUGAAAGGUUGAAGACGCAUUUCAGUGAGAUUAUAGUACCGAGGGUUGUUCAUGGUACCUUUGACUCCCCCCUGGCCCAUGUCACUAACCCCAAUCACAGUUGAGUGGUCCCUCAACAAUAACAUCUGUCCGACCCCUACCCUGGCCACUCCUGGUUACUGUUUUAAUUUCGUUUGCGUUGUCAAGGGGAACAUUAGUAUAUAUUAGCAUUUUUUUGUAUGCAAAGUUUCACUUACAACUAUUGUUGAUGUAAAACAUUUUAACAGAGCUAUCCAGAACUAUGUUGUGUAAUUGUAUUGGAGGUAAUUGUUAUAGAGCAAAAGAGUAUUAAACAGCAGACGAUUUUU